AUGAGCUUUGAAAUUACGGAAGAGUAUUAUGUUCCUCCUGAGGUUUUAUUUAACGCUUUUACCGAUGCUUAUACAUUAACACGACUAUCCAGGGGAUCUUUAGCUGAAGUGGAUUUAAAAGUUGGAGGAAAGUUCAGCCUUUUUUCUGGGAGUAUAUUAGGAGAAUUUACCGAAAUAACAAAGCCACACAAAAUAGUGGAGAAAUGGAAAUUUAGAGACUGGAAUGAAUAUGACUACAGUACAGUAACAGUGGAAUUUAUAAGUGUAAAAGAAAAUCACACAAAGUUAAAGCUCACACAUAAUAAUAUACCAGCAAGCAACAAAUAUAACGAAGGUGGUGUUUUGGAAAGGUGCAAAAACGGAUGGACACAAAACUUUUUACAUAAUAUAGAAGUUAUAUUAGGAUAUCCAAAAAAGAAAUAA